UACGCCACAACAGGCUGCUCUCUGACACUCCAUCACACAGAAAAGCCAGAACACGAAGACAUCUGUGAGUAUCGUCCCUAUUCCUGCCCAUGCCCUGGUGCCUCUUGUAAAUGGCAGGGAUCCUUGGAAGCCGUGAUGUCCCACCUCAUGCAUGCCCACAAAAGCAUUACCACACUUCAGGGAGAAGACAUCGUUUUUCUUGCCACAGACAUUAACCUUCCAGGGGCGGUUGACUGGGUGAUGAUGCAGUCGUGCUUCGGUCACCACUUCAUGCUGGUGCUGGAGAAACAAGAGAAGUACGAAGGUCACCAGCAGUUUUUUGCCAUCGUGCUGCUCAUCGGCACCCGUAAGCAAGCGGAGAACUUUGCGUACAGACUGGAGCUGAAUGGCAACCGCCGCCGGCUGACCUGGGAGGCAACGCCCCGCUCCAUCCACGACGGGGUGGCUGCGGCCAUUCUGAACAGCGACUGCCUAGUUUUUGAUACGGCUAUAGCACACCUUUUUGCUGACAACGGAAACCUCGGCAUUAACGUGACUAUUUCUACGUGUUGUCCGUGAUGUAUUUGCAUAGCUAGCAAAACCUAGGCUGUCUGGACAUAAUGCUUUACAUUUACCAAGGGUUUUCUUUUUGUUCUGUUUUUUUAAUGAUAUUCAACUAUGUCAUCAUGUAUGCUAAGGUUCCUAAAUAGCCAACAUUUUUAACUUUGGAGAGAAGAGGAACAAGAGUAUCCUGUAAGUAAUAUGAGUGGGAAAAGGUCUUUUUAAAUUCUUGGGUGCCUUAGGAAGAUUCCCCACACACAGUCACCUUUUUUAAUUUAAUUAUAUUUUAUUUAAAGAGUGCUUCCAUUAGACAUGUGGCUUAAGAGACUUGAAGGACUG